UAAACAGCUAUAUUUAGGGUCCUGCGGCGCCGAGGUCAGGAGGAGGGUGUUUGUUGCGGUGUCUCCUCCAUAUCGUCCUACACCGGUACCUGUCGCUUUUCUGACGCUUUUUCUAUCGCACAAGUUGACAGCAACAUCUUCGACAACAGUAAUACUCGGCAAAAUGGCAGUUCCUCCAACAUAUGCAGACCUUGGAAAAUCAGCAAAGGACAUCUUCAAUAAGGGAUAUGGUUUUGGACUGGUUAAGCUUGAUGUCAAGACAAAGUCUUCAAGUGGAGUGGAGUUUAAAACGUCCGGCUCAUCCAACGUAGACACCAGCAAGGUCACCGGAACCCUGGAAACCAAGUACAAGUGGGCUGAGUAUGGGCUGACCUUCUCAGAGAAGUGGACCACGGAAAACACACUUGGAACUGAAAUUUGUGUUGAGGAUCAGAUCACCAAAGGGCUGAAACUUACUUUUGACACUACAUUUUCACCAAAUACUGGCAAGAAGAGCGGCAAGGUCAAGACUGCUUACAAAAGGGAAUACCUUAAUGUUGGUGCUGAUGUAGAUUUAGAUUUUGCUGGUCCUACGAUCCAUGGAGCAGCAGUGGCCGGCUACGAUGGCUGGCUGGCUGGCUACCAGAUGACUUUUGACUCAGCCAAAUCAAAGAUGACCCAGAGCAACUUUGCAGUUGGUUACAAGACUGGAGACUUCCAGCUCCACACCAAUGUAAAUGAUGGUUCAGAGUUUAGUGGAUCCAUUUACCAGAAGGUAAACGACAAACUAGAGACUGCUGUUAAUCUUGCCUGGACGGCCGGCAGCAACGGCACUCGCUUUGGAAUUGCUGCCAAAUACCAGUUAGACUCCAGUGCCUCCAUAUCAGCUAAGGUGAAUAAUGCCAGCUUGGUAGGAAUUGGAUACACCCAGACUCUCCGGCCUGGUAUGAAACUAGUCCUCUCGGCACUGGUGGAUGGGAAGAGCAUCAAUGCUGGUGGUCACAAACUUGGUCUGGGCCUAGAGUUGGAGGCAUAAGGGUCGGCUCUUCCAUUUCAUAAGAAAAAGAGAAAUAUCAUUUUAAAGAGAUGAAGCCAAAACAAAAAAGCAGCCCAGUUCUUGAGCACUGUUAAAAUGGAAACCUUUCCAUGGGUAUAAUAACUAGUCAUGUUUCAAUCAAAUUUAUCUAUCAGUUACUCCUUCUGCCAAGUUUUCCUCAAUAGUGAUCUGGGUGUCCAGGAAUGGUUUCAAAAAACAAAACCUUGUUAAUUUUGCUGAAGUGUGAUAAUGUAGAAUGUAAACAUGAGCUGUUAAUUUGCACAGUAGAAUUUAUCUUUAUUUAAGCUCUUUCUCCUUUGUUGUAUUUGCACAUUUUAUUUGUAUUUUAGUAGCGAUGUUUUACCUGUUAGAAGGUUUACUCCAACAAAAUACGCUUAUCAAGAUCAAAGCCAAUUUAGGGGCUGGUGUUCAAUUAUCUUUCUAGAGGCUUAAUUUGUAAUUUGUGCUGUGUGCUGAGUUUGAGAACUCCGUUACCUGAAUUACCUGCUUCUAAGUUGCAAGACAAUGCUAAAUGGAUUCUCUUUUCCCUCAGUGUAACUUGAGUGAAUGAUUAUGAGUGAACCAUCCACUUUUCUUCCCAUUUCUGAGGACUGUGACACUAAUCAGGAAACCAUUUGUGUGUUGGUGUGCGUCUAACCUUUGCAAUAAAGUCCUGAAAUCAAC